AGCCACUGAACUGUUACUAGUAAACUAAGUUAGUUUAGGCCAAAGAUUUGGGCUUGUGGCUCCUUCUUGGUGGGAGAGUGAUGUGGGAGUGUCAUAUAUCAAUCUGUUGAUUUCAUUGGUUAAGUUAUAAUAAACCAGCUGCUUGGCCUCAUGGCUUGGAACAUAGAUGGGAGGAGUAAACAGAAUAGAAUUCUGGGCGGAAGAGGAAGUGAGGUCAGACACUGCGCUGCUUCCAGAGGGACCGGACAGCCGCCAUGCUCUGCUUUCCCAGGCAGCUGCAACCCUCGAUGGACUUAGGCUAGAAUCUUCCCGGAGGUGAGCACCAGGCCCGCUGAACCUCCCAGAGCUGCCAGCCAUGCCCGGGAUCGUGGUGUUCCGGAGGCGCUGGUCUGUGGGCAGCGAUGACCUCGUCCUGCCAGCCAUCUUCCUCUUCCUCCUGCACACCACCUGGUUUGUGAUCCUGUCCGUGGUGCUCUUCGGCCUGGUCUAUAACCCACACGAGGCCUGCUCCCUAAACCUGGUAGACCACGGCCGCGGCUACCUGGGCAUCCUUCUGAGCUGCAUGAUCGCCGAGAUGGCCAUCAUCUGGCUGAGCAUGCGUGGCGGCAUCCUCUACACGGAACCCCGGGACUCCAUGCAGUACGUGCUCUACGUGCGCCUGGCCAUUUUGGUGAUCGAGUUCAUCUACGCUAUCGUGGGCAUCGUCUGGCUCACGCAGUAUUACACCUCCUGCAAUGACCUCACUGCUAAGAAUGUCACCCUCGGAAUGGUUGUCUGCAACUGGGUGGUCAUCCUCAGCGUCUGCAUCACUGUCCUCUGUGUCUUUGACCCCACGGGCCGCACUUUCGUCAAGCUGAGAGCCACCAAGAGAAGGCAGCGAAAUCUGCGGACUUACAACCUUCGGCACCGGUUAGAGGAGGGUCAGGCCACCAGCUGGUCCCGCCGUCUUAAAGUGUUCCUCUGUUGCACCCGGACAAAGGAUUCCCAGUCAGAUGCCUACUCAGAAAUUGCCUACCUCUUUGCUGAAUUUUUCCGUGACCUCGACAUCGUGCCCUCCGACAUCAUUGCUGGCCUGGUGCUGCUUAGACAGCGGCAGCGAGCCAAACGCAAUGCGGUGCUGGAUGAGGCAAACAAUGACAUCUUGGCUUUUCUGUCUGGGAUGCCAGUGACCCGAAACACCAAGUACCUCGACCUCAAGAACUCGCACGAGAUGCUACGCUACAAAGAAGUCUGCUACUACAUGCUCUUCGCCCUGGCUGCCUAUGGCUGGCCCAUGUACCUGAUGCGCAAGCCGACCUGCGGCCUCUGCCAGCUGGCUCGGUCCUGCUCGUGCUGUCUUUGUCCUGCACGACCCCGAUUCGCCCCUGGUGUCACCAUCGAGGAAGACAACUGCUGUGGUUGCAAUGCGAUUGCCAUCCGCCGUCACUUCCUGGAUGAGAACAUGACCGCAGUGGACAUCGUCUACACCUCCUGUCACGAUGCGGUCUAUGAAACUCCCUUCUACGUAGCUGUGGACCAUGACAAGAAGAAAGUGGUGAUCAGUAUCCGGGGAACCCUGUCCCCCAAGGAUGCCCUGACUGACCUGACUGGAGAUGCUGAGCGACUCCCUGUGGAGGGACAUCGAGGCACUUGGUUGGGUCACAAGGGCAUGGUGCUCUCAGCUGAGUACAUCAAGAAGAAGCUGGAGCAGGAGAUGGUCCUGUCCCAGGCCUUUGGGCGAGACCUGGGCCGUGGAACCAAACACUAUGGCCUAAUUGUGGUAGGCCACUCCUUGGGCGCUGGCACAGCUGCCAUCCUCUCCUUCCUCCUGCGCCCUCAGUACCCGACCCUCAAGUGCUUCGCCUACUCCCCGCCAGGAGGCCUGCUGAGUGAGGAUGCUAUGGAGUACUCCAAAGAGUUUGUUACUGCUGUGGUUCUGGGCAAAGACCUUGUUCCCAGGAUUGGCCUUUCCCAGCUGGAGGGUUUCCGCCGACAGCUUCUGGACGUCCUUCAGCGAAGCACCAAGCCCAAAUGGCGGAUCAUUGUGGGGGCCACGAAAUGUAUCCCCAAGUCAGAGCUGCCUGAGGAUCAAGUAGAGGUGACCACUCUGGCCAGCACACGGCUCUGGACCCACCCCAGUGAUUUGACCAUCGCCCUUUCAGCUAGCACCCCACUCUACCCACCUGGCCGCAUCAUCCACGUGGUCCAUAACCACCCUGCAGAGCAGUGCUGCUGCUGUGAGCAGGAGGAGCCCACAUACUUCGCCAUCUGGGGUGACAACAAAGCCUUUAACGAGGUGAUCAUCUCACCAGCCAUGCUGCAUGAGCACCUGCCCUAUGUGGUCAUGGAGGGGCUCAACAAGGUGCUGGAGAAUUACAACAAGGGAAAGACAGCACUGCUUUCUGCUGCUAAGGUCAUGGUGAGCCCCACUGAGGUAGACCUCACUCCUGAGCUAAUCUUCCAACAGCAGCCGCUGCCCACGGGGCCACCUCUGCCCACCGGCCUGGCCCUGGAGCUGCCUGCUGCAGACCAUCGUAACAGCAGUGUCAAAAGCAAGUCUCAGUCUGAGAUGAGCCUGGAGGGCUUCUCUGAGGGGCGGCUGCUGUCCCCAGUGGCUGCUGCAUCAGCAGCCCGCCAAGACCCUGUAGAGCUGUUACUGCUGACCACCCAGGAGCGGCUGGCGGCAGAGCUACAGUCCCGGCGGGCACCGCUGGCCACCAUGGAGAGCCUCUCAGACACUGAAUCGCUGUACAGCUUUGACUCACGCCGUUCCUCGGGCUUCCGCAGCAUCCGAGGCUCACCCAGCCUCCACGCGGUACUGGAGCGUGAUGAGGGCCACCUCUUUUACAUCGAUCCGGCCAUUCCAGAGGAGAACCCAUCCCUCAGCUCGCGCACAGAGCUUCUGGCAGCCGACAGCCUGUCCAAGCACUCGCAGGAUACCCAACCCCUGGAGGCAGCUCUGGGCAGUGGGGGUGUCACUCCUGAGCGACCCCCAAGUGCAACCAAUGAAGAAGAGGAGGCAGCAGGCGGCGAGGGUGGUGGGGUGGCCCCCCGAGGAGAUCUGGCACUGCACAAUGGGCGCCUGGGGGACUCACCCAGCCCUCAGGUGCUAGAAUUUGCUGAGUUCAUCGACAGCCUCUUCAACCUGGACAGCAAGAGCAGCUCCUUCCAGGACCUCUACUGCAUGGUGGUGCCCGAGAGCCCCACUAGUGACUAUGUUGAGGGCCCCAAGUCCCCCAGCCAACAGGAAAUCUUGCUUCGGGCCCAAUUUGAGCCCAAUCUGGUACCCAAGCCCCCAAGGCUCUUUGCAGGAUCUGCUGACCCCUCCUCUGGCAUCUCACUCUCACCCUCUUUCCCACUCAGCUCCUCCGGGGAGCUCAUGGACCUGACACCCACGGGCCUCAGCAGCCAGGAGUGUCUGGCCACAGACAAGAUCCGGACUUCCACCCCCACGGGCCACGGGGCCAGCCCUACCAAGCAAGAUGAUUUGGGCAUCUCAGCACGCUAGCACCUGGCAGUGGCUGCUAGCUCCUCCCCAACCAGAACUCAAGGCUCUAUGGGUACCUAAUGGCCACUUGGGGCCCAGUAGCUUUGAGGAGAGGCUCCCAGAGGCCAAGUGGCCUCAGGCCCUGGAGCGUUGCUGCUGAGCAGGGGGUCCACAUCCCUACCUCAGCCUAGGACCCUCAGAACCAAGAUGUCUGGGAAAAACCGGGGUGGGUUUGGUACAGGGAGGAGACUUGAGGUUGGAUGGUCAAUCCUCAGCCCUCAGCCUGACUCCCCUGUGUGGGCAGCCUGGUAUCUCUGUUCUGGGAAUGGGACUAGGCAAGCUAGCUUCCUGUCACUGCCCUUCAGCUCCUCUCCCAGAGCCGAGGCAGAAAGCAGCCCCCUCUCCACACACUCUCAUACGUCGUUCACGUUGGCACCUGCCCUGGUCCCUAUCCCCCAGAUCUGGUGCCUGCUGGCCAGCCCCCUGGGGUGAUCCCCGCCAAGGUGGCCCACAGUGCUGUAUAUGUUUACAGAAUCUGCUGGGCUUUGCUCAGGUUGUUUCCUGGGCUUGCAAGCCCCACCCCUAAUCAUGUGUUCAUUGUCCCCUGAGGACCAGAGGGGCCUGGAGGUGAGUGGGGUCAGGGCCACCCCUUCUCUGCCUGGUGGCCCUUAUCUUCAUGGGUCCUGGCCACUGGGUCUGCCUGCCUACCUGCCACUCCCUGGCUUCCUGGCUCACCGUCUCCCUCCCCCACCCCCAGGACUCUGGCCAAUCAAAGGGUGGUGGACACUCCUGUGACAUCAUCCCUGGCUGCAGAGUCAGGGCCCUGGGAAGAACAAAGGCAUCCAAAGCCCCAUCUCCUGGGUAUCCUGCCUGACCCCUUUAUGUUACCCCACCAUGCCUAGGCAGCUCUGGGCUCUGGGGUCUGAAACCAAACAUGCCUCUGCCCACUUGCUCUCCUGGCUACUUAGCUCCUUUCUGGGUCUGGGCUCCACCUCCCAUUAUGUUCUGCCCGCAAGAAGAAGGGCCAAGAGUAGGGUAUCUUGAAUCCUGGCUGGAAACCCCUGCCCACUGUUGAGGGGAGGGGCCAGUUACUAGGGCUGUCCCAGGGUAGCCUGAGGCCUUCGUGGCUUCCCUACGGUUUGGAGAAGCAGUCCAGGAGGUAGGAACCUAGCCUUUUCCCCAUGCUGGGGUGGGGAGGUUGUGCAUGCUAGUGUCAGGCGUGUGUGUGCAUGUGCAUGAAUGUGCACCACUCCUGAGGAAAGGGGCUGCAGAGGGCUGCCCGCCUUCCCCACCUUGCCUGCCUCCUGAUGCUCCUAACCUGCCAAGAAUAUAGCCUGUGAAGUGAAGCCUUGGGACAAACCAGUUACAGGGGUGUGCAGGCAAGCAACUGCCCACUCGAGCCCUCGUCUCCUUGGAAACAUAGUCCCUACCACUCUAGCCCCACUCACAGCUUCUCUGGGCUACCUAGGCUCCCCUGACCACCUCAUGGUCACUGGUAUCUGGGCCCCAGCCCCAACUCUCAUCCCCACAGCUGGGGUGGCCUGGAUAGCUAUCUGCCCUAACAGAUGAAGACAGAGAGCUGGGAGCUGGGCCUCCCCUUGCUCUGUGACCCCCCACCUCACCAGACUCUUGGCCACUCUGCCCCCUGCCAAGGCAGUGCCUCAGCCUAGCACAGAAGUAAAAUAAAAAUCAGUGGUUAUUAGAAUUCAAACGUUAGACAGAAUUUUAAAUCAGAGAAACAACCCAACAAGCACCCAGCCAGCAGCAAGGAGAGUUGUGGAUCUGGCCUUUUAACUCUUCCUCUGCCAGGGUAGGUGUGGGGGGCUCCUCUAGGGUGUGCCCCUGUGCCUAGGACUGAGCCAUCAGGGACAUACCCCCCACCCCCAAGGCUGCAGCCAUACUGUGUUACAGGCUUGGGGCUGGGGCAGGCUUGGACUCAGCCCUAGACACCCAGGGCCAGCCCACCCCUUCCCUGUCCUCUCCCUGCUGACCCCAGAAGGGUGGGCGUGCUGCACGUUCCUGUCACUCCAUGCCACAUCUGGGGGGUCUGAGCCACCCCCUUCAUCCCAGUUCAGAUUGACCCCCACACUGCCCCCAGACCCACAGCACAAGCUCUCCCAGCCAUGCGCUGGCCUGUCCUCCCAGGGAUCUGGGGGACUUGCAUAUGCAAAUAGUAGCGAGCAGGCAGGCCCUCACAACCCUCUGCACUCCGUGUGCCAUUCUCCCGUGACUUUUUUGUACUUAAUGUAUGAAAGAUCUACACUAAUAUUGCUGUAAAAAGGAGAGACAUUAAUAUAGCUUAUUCUAUAAAUAUAUCUGUAUAUAAAGUUUUCUGUAUAUUGUAUAGAGCUGUGUAUAAACUGGAUGUAGAAGCACACCUCUGCCUCCUGUGAUC